AUGAAAUUUAAACCUUGUUAUAUGAUUGAAGACAUUCAAAAGAUCACUUGUAGAGAGUAACAUAAUGAUAAACAAAGUCUGUUUGUAAUGCUUGAUAGUCGGUUAAAGAAUGAAUAAAGGCUUUAAUGUGAUAAGUGUUUACUAACAAAGAGAGGUGAAUUUAAUGCUAUAACGGUUGAAGAUGCUAAAUCAAGAAUUGAAAAAUACUUAAACAGGCAUUUAUCUGAAUUGGAAAAGUUAAUAUUUGAUAAAAUCACACAUCUUGAUGAAAUUUCAAAAACUUUAAACAAUAUACAAAUAUAAUUAGAAAAAUAACUAUAAGAUGUUCAAGAUAGAAUAAAUAUAUGGAAGAAGCAACUUGAACUAUUUCUCAAUGAGAAUUGUUAAUUUAGCCUAAUAAAAGAACUUGUAAAUUUAGAUAAGGAAGAAAAUUAAUGGGUAUUAGAAAAACUAUCUCAUUCUCUAAAUUAAAUAAAUGUGAUCGAUCAUUAGCAUAGUAUCAUUCUAAAAUUCAGGGUUGAUGAAAUUCAAAGGCAAGUAUAGAAAAUCCUAUCUGCAGAGGAAUAACUCUAUCAAAAUAUUUAAAAAGAAAAUCAGAAUUAAUUUUUUUAAAAACCAAAAGAAUAAAAGAUGCAUCAGAAGGUGUUGAAUUCUUUAGUAAAAGAGAUUAAAUAAAAUGAACUAUGUUACGCAAUAGGAUUCAAUAAGAAUGAUUCUAUAAUGGCCGCUGGAUUUAAUCAUUGCAUAAAGAUAUGGAAGAUAACUAAUGGAUAAUUUAUUGAUCAACAGAUUAUUUUACAAGGGAAAUCAGAAGUAGAUUUUGCAGUUUGCCUUAUCUUUAGUAAAAGAAUCAAUUUAUUUAUAUAUGGAAGUUACGAUCAUAAUAUUGGGAUAUGGAAUGAAAUUUCAGAUAAUUUAUGGAAUUAGUACAAUUCUACAAAUAUUAUGUCUCACUAAGGAUUAAUUACUUGCAUCUGUUUGAAUUAAAAUGAAGAUUAUAUAAUAUCAGGCAGUGAGGAUAAAUCUAUAAUAAUUUGGAAAAUAAAUGGUACCUCUAUUAUAUUCGAUGAGUAGCUCAAAAAGCAUACAAAUACUAUUGUCAGUAUUAAUUAUAACUAAACAGAAACAGAAAUUGCCUCAAUAAGUAAAGAUUAAUUUAUAAUAAUAUGGGAAAAAAUAAAAUAAAAAUGGGGUUUAAAAUAAGUAAUUGAAUAUUCUAAUGCGAAUUUUGGACAAAUUAUUACUUUCUUGUCUGAUGAUAAAUUAAUAUUAUAUUAACAUUUUUAGAGAAUUAUCUAUACUCGCGAUAAGGUUGAUAAGCCUUUCUCGUAUUCAUAAAAACAAAGCCUAGAUUUAUCUAAAAGUGUAAAAUAAGACAAGUAAUUCCUAUUUCCAACUAUUUAUGAAAUUAAAAAUAAUCUUAUCGUUUAGAAAUAUAAUGGAAAUGUGUACUUCCUUAUCGUUAAUUAGGAUUUCUAAUUGAUAAAUUUCUCAAAGUAAAAAAUAGUUUAAAAUAAUACUUUUUAUGGCAAAAUGACAAAUAAUGGUAAAUAUCUAGCUAUUUGGAACUAAGGAGGGUUUAAAAUUUAUUCUUUAACAUAUGAUUGA